UUCCGCCGGAAGUGGCGGUUGUUGACAGUGUUUCUUAGCUCAUCGUUGAAUUGGGCGCUUGGAGGUCCUUCAGCGGGGUAGCUGAGGCUCUCGGGACGGAGACCCCCCCCCCAUCCUGGUGCGGCCGAGCCGAGCCUGCGGCUGGGAGAUGGAUAUCCUCAAAUCGGAGAUCUCUCGGAAGCGGCAGCUGUUGGAGGACAAGAAGCUGCUGGGGGAAAGUAAGAGAUAUUUCAAGCGUAGUGAACUUGCCAAAAAGGAAGAGGAGGCUUACUUUGAAAGAUGUGGCUACAAGCCUAUAAAUGAGAAGCCAACUGGAGAGGUACAGCCAAAAGAAGAAGAUCAGAAACCAUUAACUUCAUCCAAUCCAGUAUUAGAACUAGAACUGGCAGAGGAAAAAUUGCCCAUGACUCUUUCAAGGCAAGAGGUCAUUAGGCGAUUGAGAGAAAGGGGAGAACCAGUUAGAUUGUUUGGAGAAACGGAUUAUGAUGCAUUUCAACGUUUAAGAAAGAUCGAGAUUCUCACACCAGAGGUUAACAAGGGUUUGAGGAAUGACUUGAAGGCAGCUUUGGAUAAGAUUGAUCAACAAUACCUUAAUGAAAUUGUUGGUGGUCAAGAACCAGGAGAAGAGGACACCCAGAAUGAUCUGAAAGUCCAUGAAGAAAACACCACUAUUGAAGAAUUAGAGGCAUUGGGAGAGUCCUUAGGAAAGGGGGAUGAUCAUAAAGACAUGGACAUCAUAACAAAAUUUCUUAAGUUUCUCCUUGGAGUUUGGGCUAAAGAACUCAAUGCCAGAGAAGACUAUGUAAAACGCAGUGUACAGGGCAAACUGAACAGUGCCACUCAAAAGCAGACGGAAUCAUAUUUGAGACCCCUUUUCAGAAAACUGCGAAAAAGGACUCUUCCUGCCGACAUUAAAGAAUCAAUAACAGACAUUAUUAAAUUCAUGUUGCAGAGAGAAUAUGUGAAGGCCAAUGAUGCUUAUCUUCAGAUGGCCAUCGGAAAUGCUCCAUGGCCUAUUGGAGUCACUAUGGUUGGUAUCCAUGCCAGAACUGGUCGAGAAAAGAUUUUUUCCAAGCAUGUUGCACAUGUUCUAAAUGAUGAGACACAAAGAAAAUAUAUUCAGGCUAACUAUACUGGUAGCUUGCAGGAAUUCUAUAGCCAUAAGUAUACCUGGAAUUCAGCAAGGUGUUUGAUGGAGCCUUUUAUAAUAUCCUUGUGGAUUCUAUUAAAGGGUUUGAAAAGAUUAAUGACCAUUUGUCAGAAGCAUUUCUCAACAGACCCAUCAAAAUGUGUGGAGUACAAUGCACUAUGAUAACUCUUCUCUAUGGAGCUAUCGAACAAUAAGAAACUUAAGACCUGUGGCAUUUUGGGGAGCUGCUACCAGGAAUGAAGGAGAGUGAAAGAAUCAAGUUUUGGGAGUAGCCGUUUUCUACCAGAUUAAUUUCUUUGUUUAUUUAGAGAACUCUUUUUGGUUCUUGCAUCAAAUAUGACAGCAGACUGUUGAUUGUUGAAUCAUGUUUUGAUUUUCAACAGUCUGAGUCAAGCACCAAGGCUUAUCUCCUAUACUUUAUGGACAUAGUGAUCUUCGAGGGAUUCCUAUUGGACAUUUUCCUGUCAGAUGUGGAAGUUGUUGGUAAAUGAUUAGAGGAAAACAUUUGAGGUUGACUUGUAAUUAUUUCUGUAAAAUAUUAUAAUAUUCUUGUUAUAAUUAUAUUGAUUUUAUAGAGAUAAGCUUUUCUUCAACAACUACCAAAACAAUACAGUAUCCCUUGGUUACAUUUGAA